AUGGGCACCCAAGCCAAGCUCUCGAGAAGGGCUCUGGAGACUGAUAAACCCGUCAUGGUCCAGGUGAGCUUCAGGGGGGGGAUCGAGGGGUUGGCAAGAACCAGGGUUUUGCCCUCUCUCUCUACGAUGAGGGACGAACUCCCAUGACCGGCUUUCUCCUCCUUCGCUGCAGAUUCAGGAGCUCCUCCGUGGACGCAAGGACGCGAUCUCCCUGGCGCAGGUUCGUCAAAUCCUCUACCACCGGCUCGUCCGAUCUGCCCGAAUUCGUAUGAGAGAUAGAUUACCAAGAGGGACUGUCACCUCCUGAUGCAGGGCGUCGUCUACUGGCAGCCUCCGGAGGCGGCUCUGGAGAAGGUCAAGCAAGUGGUAUGGGAUCCCUUGGUCAGCCGCUACGGCGCCGACGAGGGGCUCCCUGAGCUCAGGAAGGAGUUGCUCAAGAAGGUAUGACGCUUCCUUCUGCUCGUGUGCAGGGUGGGCUUCCGGGUUACCCAGUCAAACCUCUCUUUAUUCCUGCGUGAUAUCGUUCAAGAUGAUGGGAUAAUUCAAAAUAUAUAUAUUUACGAGUUUGGGAUUUAUUUAUUUUUUAAUUGCUUGCAGCUAAGUCUGGAGAACAAACUGAACAAAUCAUCCGUUAUGGUCACAGCUGGGGCGAAUCAGGUGUGCACUGACCAGAUACCUCUCCAUGUUUUUGAUAGUAACUCAAGAAGAUCUGACUGGAAGCAUGGAAAAUUCUUUUUUUUUUUCUUUAAUUUUUUCGGAGCCCAUGCAGAAACUUUGAUUAAUCAUCAUCUACCAACUUUAUUUCAUGUAGCCUUGAUCUGAUUGGUAUGAAAUUUUUGCUUGUCGUCCAAGAAAUAGCUCCUGGUCAGUGGCGCAGAUCUAACCCAAGCAAGAUAAUCAAUCCAAUCUGAAUUGGAAUACACCCAUUUUUUACCAUGUAAAUUUCAUUUUUUUAAAAAAUCCCUCGGAUCAAUCCAUGCAUUUCAUAGUCAACCCAGCAUAAGAAGCAAAGAUUAUCAUCUUGAUACCUAAAAUGCACGUCCAUCGUUUUCUAGCACAGAAAUAUGCAUCGGAUGGGCAGCAGCAAGGGCCAAAACAUUCUUGCUAUUUUAUCAUAUAAUAUUUCCCAACAUGAUCGAUCAUGUGCUAAUCUACCCCAAGCAAAUAAUCAAUCCAAUUUGAUUGGAAUACACCAAUUAUUUACGGUAUGCACUUCACUUAAAAAAAUAAUGAUCCCUCCGAUCAAACCAUGUAUUGAAUUCUGAACUUACAUAGUCAACCCAGCACAGGAAGAAGCGAAGAUCCUCAUCUUGACACCUAAAAUGCAUGUCCUCCCUUGUUUUCUAGCACAGAAAUAGGCAUCGGAUGGGCAGCGGCAAGGGCCAAGACAUUCUUGAUAUGUUAUCAUAUAAUCUUUCCAGCAGAAUCGAUCCUGAGUUAACCCGCUUCCUUGUGGUUCUCAGGCUUUUGUGAAUCUUGUGCUCACCCUGUGCGACGCGGGGGAUUCGGUGGUUAUGUUUGCACCAUACUACUUCAAUGCCUACAUGUCCUUUCAGAUGACGGGCGUCACAGACAUUAUUGUAGGGCCUGGUGAUCCCCAGACGCUCCAACCUGAUGUAGGUAUGACGCAUCCGAGGUUUCCCUUGUUGGGAAUGCCUUCCCUGGGGCAUUGAGCUUCCCUUUUCUCCUUCUUUGCAUGGUUUCCUGCAAAUUUAUCAAAUGGAAGAAAAAUCUCAUAUGAGCGAUCAUUGGUAAAUAAUGGAUAUGCCCAAUCUUCGUUUUGAUAUUAGCUUGUUUUGUUAAAUAAUGUUCAAUUAUUUGGCCUUGUUUAUUCACGAAACCUUCUCUUAAAAAAAAAAAUUAAAAAAAAAAACUGAAUUCGCUUUCUGAUGAAAAUAUUUGCAGAUUGGUUAGAGAAGACUCUCUCGGAGAAAAAUGGUAAGCCAGUCCCUAAGCUUGUUACCGUUGUCAACCCAGGAAAUCCUUCUGGGAUCUUCAUCCCGCAGCCUAUCAUUCAGGUGCCCUUUCCUGCCCUCUGCUAACCCCCUCAGUCAACGGGUGCCCAUUGGCUCAUUCUUCCUAACUAUCACCUUUUCAUUUCAUUAUCUUACCUAGAGAAUUUCAGAUAUUUGCAAAAGCGCUGGCGUUUGGCUUGUCGUGGACAAUACCUAUGAGUGAGUACAUGAUUUUCCCAUUAGUUUCAAGUGAAAAAAGACGUCAUUUCUGCAUAUCCUCUGCAUAUAUGGGAAGAUCGCCGUUGAAGCGGAUCAGAUGGGUUUGCUGAUCAUCCACAUAUUAUUUUCUAUACCAAAAUUCUUGUUUUGGGUUUCGGCGAAAAAAAGUGAUCGUGAUCGACGUCAUCCAAUGCUUCUAAGUCAGCACCUGGGUUUUCCAUUUGUUCCAAGUCAAAAAAUACGGAUGUUACUCUGUACUCGCAUUCUUGUUUUUGGUUGGUUUCUGCUAAGAAAAAGUAUAUUUGAAUCUAAAUCAAUCAAGCACCUAUGAGUGAGUAUAUAAUUUCCCCAUCUGUUGCAAGUACCUAUGAGUGAGCAUUUAAAAAUAUAUGCUGCGUGUAGAUCAGAUGCCCUUGUCGAUCAUGCAAAUAUUAUCUAAUGCUUGCAUUCCUGUUUUGGGUUUUCUAGCAUAAAAAGGGUAUUUGAAAUACAUAAAAAAACCCAUGAGUGUGAGUGCAUAACAUUCCUAUUCGUUUCAAGUGAAAAAGACGCCAUUUACGCAGAUAUUCUGCACACAUGAGUGGAUCAUGGUUGAAACGGAUCAGAUAGGGUUGUUGAUCUUACAGAUACUGUUUAGUCCUCGCAUUCUUUUCUCGGUUUUCAACACAAAAAAAAAAAGAAAAGUGUUUGAAAUCAUUCGAGUUUCAAUGCGUUGACUGCGUAAUUUUCUCAAUUUUUCCAAGUUAAAAAAGCACGCCAUUUCGACAGAUAUUCCGGGCACACGAGAGAAGAUCACAGCCUCGAAACGAGACACAUGGGCUCGUUGAUCCUGCAAAUAUUGUCUAUACUUCUCAUUCUUGUUCCGAGGAUUAUCAGAAGAAAGGGUUUGCAGUCUGACCUUUUUGGGGUGUAUUUUGUUCAUCUCUGUGAGGAACCUCACUCUGUCGUCGUAAUGCUGAGUCGUUCCCGGAUUAGAAUCUGCUCUCCCGCCUGAAUAGUUCGUCAGAUGAGCCUCAUCCGUCCCAAUUCGCCGCCGCAGGUACUUCAUGUACGACGGGUUGAAGCACUACUGCAUAGAGGACAGCCACAUUGUCAACGUCUUCUCCUUCUCCAAAGUCUACGGAAUGAUGGGCUGGCGCGUAGGAUACGUAGGUUUCCAUUGAUCUUUACCAUUUCGGUGCUCGAUUCACAAACUUGGCAGAUACCUGUAGGUCUCCGUCUUGCAGAUCGCGUAUCCCUCGGAAGUGGAGGGAUUGGGGGAGCAGCUCCUCAAGGUCCAGGACAACAUACCGAUCUGCGCUUCCCUGAUAGGGCAACAUCUGGCGCUGUACUCCCUUGAAGCCGGCCCCGGAUGGAUCAAGGAGAGGGUGGAGACGCUGGCGAAGAACAGGGAGAUCCUCAGAGAGGCACUCUCGCCGCUGGGGGAUGGCGCGGUGAAGGGCGGGGAAGGAGCCAUCUACCUGUGGGCGAGGCUGCCGGAGAGAUUCUCCGACGACUUCGAGGUCGUCCGAUGGCUACUGAACCGGCACGGCGUGGUCGUCAUCCCCGGGAGCUCCAGCGGCGGCCACGGCCACAUCCGGAUCUCCUUCGGCGGGCUGAAGGAGGACGACUGCCUCGCUGCCGCGCAGCGGCUCAAGCGGGGGCUGGAAGAGCUGACCAGCAAGGGGAUGGUGCAGUGA